AUGCUGCUACGAGAAACGGCGCUGCAGCAGCUCUUUGCAAAUGGGAUCACCUUUGAGUGCGCCAACUUCCAGCACCAAUAUCAGACCGGCCCUAACGUGCCGAUCGAAGCCGUCGGCGAUUCUACGCUACUCAAUAAAGAGCAUGUAGUUUUCGUCCUCGGAAUGGAUCGUCGGCAGGUCCAGGCAAAGUUGCGCGCACAUUUGCAAGCAUGCCUGAAUUUGGAAUUGGCGGAAGUGACUGUGCAAGGCCAUGAC